AUGCUUUCAUUAAAGGACUUCCAGUUACUCCAAUGCGUAGGAAAAGGUAAUUUUGGAGAUGUUUAUUUGGCCCAUUACUUAGGUAGCAAUAAUAUUGAUAGCUUCGAAAAUGGAACAGAUCCAAUCAUCCCAAAAAAUGUUCCUCUAGCUAUAAAAUGUAUCAAUUUGGAACAUUCCAAUGAGCCUAUUGAUCUAUUGUUAAAAGAAAUAUACUUUCUAUCAACCUUAAACUGUCCAUAUAUCACUCAUUAUUAUGGAACAUUUACUGGAGAUUGCAACCUCUAUAUCGUUAUGGAAUAUUGCAGUAAUGGAUCCUUGUUGAAUAUGCUAAGAUACUUCUCUCGAUUGAGUGAACAGACAACCUGCUUUAUCAUUUCCCAAGUUUGCAUUGCAUUGGACUAUUUGCACGAGAAGAGAUUGAUUCACAGAGACCUCAAGGCUGCCAACAUUUUGUUAAAUGAUGUAGGCGAAGUUCGUUUGGCCGAUUUGGGUGUGACGGGCCAACUAAAAUUUAAUUCUACAAGAAAUGGUGGGAAGAAUUUGAAUACUUUUGUUGGAACUCCGUUUUGGAUGGCUCCAGAAAUCAUCAAAAACCAAAGUUAUGAUGGUAAAUGUGACAUAUGGUCUCUUGGUAUCACCACAAUUGAGUUGCUUAAUGGUAAGCCUCCGAUGUCACAUUUAGACUCAAUGAAAGCUUUAAUGAGAGUAACAAAAUUAAACGCGGAUAAUAUACUUCGUAGCAUGGACAUAUCUCCUUUAGCGAAAGAUUUUAUACGGUCAUGUUUGCAACAAGACCCAAAUCAAAGACCUACUUGCAAACAACUUUUACAACAUAAGUGGUUGAAAAGGUGUCAAGUGACCAGUAUAUCGGAGGAGAUAACUGUAAUGAAAACCAACCAAAUGAUUUCCAAGGACAAACAGAAGCCAUGUAAACCAAGGUUCCCAUUAUCGGAUAAGGUUUACAAAACAAACCUACCAGAUCAAUUACAAAGUUGGAGAUUUGAGAGUACUUCAGACUCGAAAAAUGACAAGGAGGAUGACAAUGAUAUGAGAGAAAUUCCACAUCUAUAUAACGAAAAUGACAAUCAAAAAAAUGGAAAUGGAGGAAUAUCACCAUUAGCCAAACAACAACUGAGAACUCCGACUACCUUAACACCAACUUCUGCAUUAUCACCUUCUUCUAUGGCUAUUUCGCCGAAGACAAAUCUAUCAACACCCGCAACAGAAACUGAAAACUAUGGAUCAGAUAACUUGUCUCCAGAAAAGGAUAAAGAUGAAUUAAUGGCGGACGGUCAAAACAUUGAUUAUUGGAAGCAUGUACUUCUUUAUUCACUAAAGAAAGUGAAACAAAGGGCAAUUAACGAGCCUACAAAGGAAACAAUAAGGUCUUUAACAAGAUACAUGGAAGAUCUAGAAAGAAAUUUCCCAGGAAUCUCAGAAGCUCUAGUCCAAGAGAUUUCUACGAGAGUAAGAAAAAUAACUGUGGUUUGA